AUGCUAACGUUAGAGCAUAGCGAGUUGACGCGUGCAGUUCAAGGUAGUGCUAACUUGGCUGAUCAUUGCACGAAUCAAAUUGCGCCUCUGACUCUCCCUCACCCUUCUCAUUACGCCCCCCCUCCUUUUCCCCGUCGCUUUCUUUCAGAGGAAGACCCGGUUGCGGACGGUCUUGCGCUGCUCGCACCUCCCUCCUUGCCUCCCUCGCUGCUGCUACCGACCGACUGCCUCUCUGUUGAGUCUCUGGGGGAAGAUUCUCACCUGCUGGAAAAGCUGGGAAUCACGCUGACUGGGGGUAUGAGGAAGCCUGCACCUGCUGCGCCAAGAUCUGCUGUCGCUGCUGGUGCCGUUCAUGCCGCUGGGGUUGACACUGGGAAUGAUACGGGGAGUCAGAAAAACGUGAUGCUGAACAAGAUCCGGCUUUUGGCGAGAAAGGCUGGGCAGCUGCGGGUGAAGGAGGAGACGCGUGAAGAGAGAAAUUUGCGGAUGGAGGAGCAGGAAGAAUCAAUGGCGGAAGAAGAGAGAGGAACGGUUAAUGGAAAGGCGCUGGUUGAGGCGGAACAGCGAUUGGUGGAACACGAGGAGCAAGAAGGAGGAGGAUCUGACGGCGAUCCUCAGCACGGCUUCAAGAUCAUCAAGGAGGAGCUCAAGUUCUCUCGCUUCCUCAAAAUCUACAGCCGCGUCGUGGAGCACCCGCCACUGCCUCUUGCACAGCAAGAGCCACAGCAUGCCGCCGAAACCGGCCUCGUCACCCCCACAUUCCACCAGAUACCAGCCGCUGCUGCAACUCCUGCAGCUCCUGCAGCUGGUGCAGCUAACGGAUCUGCUUAUGGGGCGUCUGGUGCAAGGGGCCCGAUCGUGGCCGCCUGUGCAGCAGGACCCAGCCUGCAGAGCAGGACCUCAUUUCAGCAGCAGCAGGGUCAGCAGGGGCAGCAGUGGCAGCAGGAGGAGGGAGCGAGGCAGGGGCGCGGGCAGAAGGUGGUGGAGUAUGACAUCGUGUCGUCCGCCAGCAGCCACUUCAUCUGCGUGCUGCCCUUCCACUCCGCCACGCAGUCCGUCACCCUCCUCAAGGAGUACGCCCAGGGCGCCAACAGCCUGCUGUACACAGUGCCGUGUGGGGGCCUCAGCAGCUCGCAUACAUCGCUGGAAGAUUGCGUCCGGAGCGAGCUGUCUGAGGAGGCGCGUCUGCGUGGCGGCCAGCUCGUAAGGCUCAUCCCUGAAGACCAUCCGGGCCUUCUCGAGGUGAAGUGGUGCAAGAACCGCUUCACACCGUUCCUGGUCAUCGACCCGCUGCCCGACCUCACCCCGCUGCCGCGCGACCCGGAGGAGUUCAUUCAGGUGCUGCACCUGCCCGCCCAGGACCUUGACAGGCUGGCGCUGGGCGGCGACAUGCUGCUGCCGUCUGUAGUCACGUGCACCAUGGCGAUGCAGUACCUGCGGGAGCACCAGCUGCUGUGA